CCUGGCAAAAAUCUCCAAGAACCCGAUAACUUAAUCGAUUUGUUGUUAUUGUUGGAUGUUGUUUUGUUGAAAAUGAACAACAAGGAUCCCUAUCGCGGCGGCGGAGGAGGAGGAGGAGGAGGAGGCGGUGGCCCCCAGGAGGGCGGUGCAUCGGCUGGCGUGUCCAUCAGCAUCGAGAGCGACGACAAUGACUCGACGACGGCGGAGCACGACUACCUGCUGCCCGCCUCCUCGUCGUCGGUGACCUCUGGAGGGGGCGGAGGAGGAUUAGGAGGAGCAGGUGGCAUCUCCGGGGGAUCGGCCAACACGAGCAUCAACCUGGACCACGGCUACGUGCCCACGGCAAGGAGCAGCAGCCUGAGCGGCACUGCCCGCCACGGCAACAUCCUGUCCACCUUUUUGGCCCGUCAGCGAUCCUAUACGCCGGCCAGCAACUCCAGCAGCUCCCCGGUGCGCGUAACCACGCAGAUGAACCGCCGGCUGCAGCAGUCGCGCAGCAUGGGCGCCCAUAGCCUGGAGGAGCCUUCAGCAGCCGGUGGGCCAGGAGCAUCGCCCGGAACUGCGCCGGGAGUACGGCAAAUGGGCUUCUGGCGUGUCAAUCUCAACGAUGUCUUCUCUUUGUCCACGGCUCCGUCGACCGAGGCACUGCGCUCGUUUAUUACACAUUCCAAUUUCAGGUAUCCACCUGCUAAUCCUGCUGCUGCUGCUGCUGCCCCGGGAGCACCGGUAGCCCAGCCAGCCGCCAAUCCCGUGGACAACUCGCACAUACUGCUGAAUUCGGUGCCGGAGCCGGUUAGUCCGCUGCGGUUCAGCCGCGGAGGAGCUGGAGCAGCUGGCCCGAGUGGAGCAAGUGGCCCUAUGGGCAGGAGCAUCUCGCUGCGCGAGGGAGAGAUGCGGCACAAUCACAGCCUUAACGGAGGACGGCACAAUGCCAGCGUCAUAGGACUGAACAGCAAUCCGGUGGCCUUCGAGGAGCGCGAACCGAACGAUAGCCUGGAUUUGGGCGAGGAUCUGGGCAACGGGGAGAACGGCGGAGGACAAGGAGGCGGCAAUCCCCCGGAGCCGCCAGAGAAUCCACCCGACGACGAACAUCUAAUUUCAGACGACAUGGUCGUGCAGAUCCUCAGCCAUUUUGUACGCUAUCUGCCGCUGAUCUUCAUACUGUUCAUUAAGUUCAUACACGAUCAUCUGCUGGGCAUUUUGGAUCUCCUGGUGCUGCAGACGGUGAUGUACAAUGUCAACCGUUCGGUGCGCAACCAGGUGGCCCGGCUGGCCCAAAAGAACUACGCUGUGAUGGUGCGAGAUGCUUGCCUUAUUUCGGUGGUGGUCGCAGUGCGUCUGUUUUUGGCCCUGCCUCAGCUACCCGAUCCCCUGGGUCUCAUUGUGCCGCCGCCCAAGAAUUACUUUGAACUCACGACGGUCACGUCGCAACAAACGAGCUCCGAGGCCCAGCAGCUGACUGCCUUUCCCACGGAAACCCUCAAAGGCUCCAAGGCCGCCUACGAUGCCCUCAAGGUGAUUCCCCUGGGCAUGCUGCUCUACUACAUUGCCGUAAGCGAUCUCAUCAUCAAGCUGCUGACAAUGCUGGUCAAACUCAUCAUCACCAUGCUGCCGCACCACUGGAUGCGACUCAAAGUGCGGGCCCGUCUCUAUGUGCUGGUGGAGUACUCUUCUCAGUUCUACCGGGCAGUGACGCCCAUUAGCCAGUGGUUCCUGUUUUUGUACGAGUCCUAUUCGGGUCUGGAGGUGGUCUCCGGAGGACUCUUCUCUGCGCUCUAUCUGGGUGCCAAGAUAUUCGAGCUGGUGGAGCGCGGCAAGUCGCUGAAAAAAGCCAUUGUGACCUUCAGGAAAAAUAUUGACUCUGAGCGACCGCCGACCAAGGACGAGCUGGAUGCCGCGGGCGCCCUGUGUCCCAUCUGCCAUGACGCCUUCAACACGCCCAUUGUGCUGGAGUGCGGCCACAUCUUCUGUGAUGAGUGCGUCCAGACCUGGUUCAAGCGCGAGCAGACCUGCCCGAUGUGCCGGGCGAAGGUCAGCGACGAUCCCGCCUGGCAGGACGGGAGCACCACCUUCUUCCAUCAGUUGUACUAGCUGCGCCACCAAAGAAAUUUCCACGGAUUUCGCGUGUACAUAUAGAUCGCUAGCUAGCCCUUUGUUUAAUUAAACUGACAGUUAUUAAUUAUUA